AUGGCCAAUCCGAUGGACCUGCCCGAGCUAAGGGAGAUCAUAUUCGACUACUUUGACCCCUUCGACAUCCGCAGCGUCCGAUUGGUGUGCAGGAGUUGGUAUCCCGAAGCCGAUCAAGCAUUCUGGAGAAGCGCCCACAAUGCUCCCAUGAUAUGGUCUUUUUUGCGGCUGUUUCCCGAAGAUGCAUGGGCCGAAGAUAUGAUUAAGGAGAUACCUGAAUUCAGAGGGACAGCAAGAGUCCGUCGCGAGAAUUUCCGCUUUAUACGUGACCUGCGGCCUGAAGACUGGAUACCAGUCCUCCAGCGGACCCGAUUUGCCAGAGUACAAACCAUGGCCUCUAUGGCGAACGCCGUCAACGUCAUCACGAAGAUCCUGGCCUGCCCACCACCGGGGGGCGUGGUCCUUCCAAACUUGAAGGUUCUUCAUGUCUUUGUGUUUCUCCAAGAUGUGGAACUGCACAAACGACUAUUAUAUCUGAUCAAUCCAUCGAGCCUCGCUGUGUUCACGGGCAUGGCAGACGAAAAUACUGUCGGCCCCGACCCUAACGAUUUCGCAUCCGCCUUCCCUCACCUCACGCACGUCACCCUCAUGAUGAGCAGCGGCAGCUUCCUCAGAUGGGACAUCCCUAUCUCACACGCGAGGCGCUUCAAUAUCUCCGUAGUCGAGGCGCUUGCAACAUGCCCCCGCCUAUCGUACGUUUCGCUCAGUCUGGAAUCGGUCUCGGCAGUCGAUGCUCUGCUGGUGGCAGCGAGAAGCUCUUCUAUCAAGCGACUCGUUCUGAAUAUACGUGACGGCAAAUUCCCUCGCCAGCUGAUAUAUCCCACGGACUACGCAUUGCCAGCACACUCGACUCUCGGCCAGCUCGUCCUAACCGGUCUGACCCUCGCGGAUGCGCGAUGCAUCGUGGAGCGAGUGUGUCCGCGCUCAGUUCAUACUAUCGAUCUACUCCACGCAGACGCCGAGGACGAAGAGCAGGACCACUUCGCCGAGGACGAAGGCGCCCUGUUUUCUGCCCUCCAAUCGAUACAUUCCCAGUUUCUACCAUACAGAUCCCUGCGAGGUCUAUCCUUGCGCGGAAGCCUUGCUGUACCCGCCACACUCAAACUAGACGACAUACGCAUGUUCGCCGCCUUCCCGAACCUGACCUACCUCUCGCUCGCGCAUCAGUUCACGUACAUCGCGCUGGAUGACGCGGACUGCGCGACAAUCGCCGGGUGGUGGCCGAAAUUGCGUCUUUUCGGUGUUGGAGACCCCAAGCAUCCCCAGGAAUACCUUCCCGAAUGCACUCUCAAGGCGGUAUUGGCGUUCGUUACCCGCUGCCCCGAGUUUAUGGCAUUCCAGAUGCCGCUGGACGCGACGGAUAUCCCCGAAGUCGAAGUGGACUCCAGAGGACGGCCGUUGCGUUAUUGGAGUCUCACGACCCUGGCGGUCGGAGACUCACCGAUCGACGAUGGAACGGGGCUCGGCGCAUACCUCUCAACGGUAUACCCUGGUCUGAGUAUGGUCGAUUAUCGCUUCCCGGAGAACGGAGACGAGGAGAUCGAGAGACAAGCAGAAGAGUGGGAUCGCGUGAAGGUCGCCGUCACUGGGAAGUCCGCCAGCGAUCCUCCCGAGCCUGUCUUCAUGUAG